CUGUAGGAGCGUCAGCGGCCGCGCGAAAGACCCUUUUUGAAAAAACAACUUCCACCUCAGCAUACACAACCCAAGACCCUACCCCUGCUUUCUUGUAGUCGCUGUGUAGAUGGCCGUCUUGGGGCCGCCGAAAUCGGCGGCCCUUCGUGCCGGCCAGUUUGCUGGAACGCGAACGCGCAUGCUGACCCUAGCUCUGCUUCUCCUUCUUGCUCACGCGUGCCAUAGCGCGUCUGCCCUAAGGCUGCCGUACUUCUCUAGUCUCAAGCUCUGGAGGGACAGGCACCGCUCAGAGGCGCGUCAGGAGGCACUGCUAAGCGAGGUUCUGUCGCCUCUUUCCGCGUGGCAUCCCGAGCGACUCGCUGGCUCAACCGGACAAGCUUUAGAUUCUAGCUCCCAGGCUUCACCAAGAAGCAGAAGCAGCGCUGGUGCCUUGUCAGCGCCCUCAUUGCGCGACCCUGCCGUUGAGACGGUCUUCUCAGCCGAUGCCGCCCAGCGCCUCCCCCGCCUGGCCUCCGGGCCUAGCCUGCCGCUCGCGCCCUGGGCAGGGCGGCCGCAGGACGCGCGCGCAGCUGCCUCCAGCUCCGAGGAGGCGGCGCAAGCCGCCAGGCAACACACCCAGCACCAUCAGGCGGACCCCUCCACCACCAGCAGCACCAGCACAGGCGUUAGCGGCUUGGGCGCCGCGGACCCGCCGCCUCCACAACUAGACCCGGCGGAGGCGAUGGCGGCGGGGCGGCUGGCCUCCAUCGCCUACUGCGGCCGCACCGACCUGCUGGAGGCGUGGAACUGCAGCCGCUGCGCGGGGGUGCCGGGCUUCACGCCGCACCGGGUGGUGCACGACGCGGUGUGGGACCUGGUGGCAUACGCAGGCUACUACGCGCCCUGGCGCGCCAUCGUGUUGGUGUUCCGCGGCACCGACUCUUCCAACUGGGGCCAGUGGGCGGAGAACAUGCGCGCCUGGCGCACCGACCACAUGUACCCCGAGCCCGGCUUCCCACACGCCAUGGUGCACGCCGGCUUCUACACGCUGUGGACAGGGAGCAGCCUGCAGACCACCUUCUCGGCCGCUGUGUCGGAGCUGGUGGCGGCGCACCCCGGCAGCCGCCUGGUGGGCAUCGGGCACUCCAUGGGCGGCGCGCUGGCGCAGCUGGCCGCCAUUGAGUCCAAGCUGGCGCACAACGGCACGCACACCACCGUGUACACCUUUGGCGCGCCGCGGGUGGGCAACCUGGCGUACCAGCAGCUGUUCAACUCGUUCAUAGACGUGUCGUGGCGCUUCACGCACAACCGGGAUGUGGUUCCCAGCGUGCCGCUACAGCUUAUGGGCUUCCAGCACGUGGCACGCGAGGUGUGGGAGGUGGACGUGGACGACCCCAGCGCUGCGGGCGGCGUGGAGCGCAAGCUGCUGCUGUGCGACGGCAGCGGCGAGGACCCCAGCUGUCACAACUCGGCCUGCUACCUGGGGCUGUGCACCUCCGUGGCAGACCACCUGGUGUACCUGGGCGUGCACAUGUACCAGGACUCGGACGAGUGCUGAGGAGGCGGAGGAGGAGGAGGAGGAGGAGGAGGAGGAGGAGGAGGAGGAGGAGGAGGAGGAGGAGGAGGAGGAGCGGAGGAGGAGGCGCCGAGGAGGAGCGGAGGAGGAGGCGGAGGAGGAGGCUAGAGAGUCACCGGUUUCACGUCAGUGAGUAAGCAAGGGGGCAGGGCUCAGACGAGUGCUGAGGACCCGAGGAGGGAGGGCGAGGGCGGGCGAGUGCUGGGCAGGAGGAGGGGAGGAGGCCGUUUGCAUCGCUUGCGGCGAGGGCAGGGGCUGCGAGGAAAAGAGGCGUCACGCUGGGGUUUGUCAGCUUUGGGGAUUCCUUUUACUGCCGAAGACUGGAUCAAUUUUGUACUUUGUAUGCUUAUCAAGAACGAGCGGCGAGAAAGCGAGUCGGGAGCGCGCUGCCGGUCCCGGCCGUAGUGAGAUUGCGCUAGUGGUGUUCGUGGAGUCGACCUGAAAGUUGUUUGGGGAUUCUGUCAGAUGCGCACCCAGGAUGCUGGUGAUAUCACUUGCGAUCACUGCCGCUCCAUUGCAUUCUCUGCAUGGAUCCGGGAUCCCAACAAGACUUCCUCCGAAUUGACUUGAUAACAUCCGGAUUGCCUUGACAUCUAGGGCGGUGACUAUGCGUGCUGUUGACCAUUGUUUGGCUGAUGACGUGGGAUCGGUGUGUUACCGGGAUUUGACUUGGCGUGUUGGCCCCAGAGUCGGGAAAUAGAGAUUGCCGCCCAUGCAGCCCACGCCGCACAUGCCACCUAGCCAUGCACACGAGGCCCGGUGGUGCCGUGUUGUACAGUACUUAGGAGCUUGCCGCGCACACACGGCUGCUGGCAUAGCCUAGGGGCUGCUGUGGGCUGCUGUGCGGUAAUGGCGCGGUCGCGGGGCCUGUACUGCCUCUCUCAGGCAGGGGCGUGUCAAGGCACACGUACGGCGGACGGAAGGCACGAACACACAGGCGUGUGCAUGCGGGGGCUCAUGGGCGCAACUCGCUGCGGGCCGGGGGAAAGCAUUAUUGGGGUUUCGACGUGUGCGUGGGCACGCUGGUAACACGCAGAUAGACUUUGAUACGGUGCAGGGAACCGCUGCAUUUGUACUAUUAUGUGAAUGUAUGACGAUUGCGGUUGAGAGCGCCCGGCGGCGGCGACGGCGGCAGGCGGUGCAGGUGGUGUAGGCGAUGCAAGCAAUGGGGCUAGGUAAACUGGCGGUGCAAGAGUCUAUCUUGCAGCUGCUGGCUAUGCGGCGUGUCCACGGUGGCAGGCGGUAGGUUCGUGGGGCCGCUCAGACUGACCCCCGAGAGAGAGGGAGAGAGUCCGUAAGGGGCACUCUCUGUUGCUCGGGCGGGGGUGCUCACCGCCGUACCAAACACGGUACGCGGCGGUCCGGUCGGCUCUAGGGCUGACAGCUGGGUGUCAGUCUGGCGGGCUGGACUGAUAGUGACUGCCGCAAAAAGCACAAUUGGGCCGCAUCCGCAUUGAAGCAGCGGUCUGAGCUGUGUGUGUAACGAGCUUUAUCG